AGUAAGUAAGUGCGAUAGUUUACAAUAAUAUCAGUCAACCAAUCAUGCUCCAAACCUAAUAGCUGUAAUUUAAGGGUCAAAUAAAAGGAGCAUACCUACUUUUAUAUUGCAUCCACGAUAGUGCUUUGUGUCACAAAAGGACUAUGGCGUCUUUUCUGGUCUGUCUUCUCCUGGUGGGGACUUGUAUAUUGGGAGUAGCAGGGACCAACCUCCUGGGAAAUGGAGACUUUGAGGCGGCUACCCUGGGGACUUACUGGAGUAAGUCGGGAUGUUCUUGGGCCAUAAGCACCUCAGAGAAACGUGGCGGGGCGCAGAGUGUCCACAUCACCGGGAGGUCGAAUAAUUGGGCAGGCCUUGGCUAUUUUAUAGCCACACCUGCCGUGGAAUCCGAUAAAUUGUACGCUUUUGUUGGACACAUCAAGUUGGAGAACCUUGUGCCUGGUCAUUUAUAUCAUGAUGUGUAUGUGAAGUUGAGAAUAGAAACGCUUGAUGGCAGUAAAACCUACACCAAUAUCGGCAUACAUCCUCGUGUUCGACCAGGAUCCUGGCAAGAGGUGGGAGGGGACUUCAAACUCCCAAACAAUGUCAAAGAGAUCAAAAUAUAUAUCCAAAUCGAGGAAAAGGACGUCAACUAUUUCUUUGAUGAUGGAAGUCUUACUGAGCUCGUGCCGGACCCAAACUGGAGGUCAAAGGCCGAAUCCAACAUUGACCUCUAUCGCAAGGUCACAUUAAACAUCCUAGUAAGGAAAAUCAGGGGAAUUAGCCUGAAAGGUGUCACGAUAGAGGUUGAGCAGAAAAGAAGUGACUUUGGACACGGCACAGCUGUCAAGGCCAAGUUAUGGACCAACUCAAGUUAUGAUUUCUACAACGACUUCGUGUACAAUACUCUCAAACCAGAGUGGGGUGUACCGGCAAACGCUCUCAAGUGGAAGGGCAUGAGAUGGAGCGAGAGCAAAUUAAAAUUCGACGAUGCCAACGAGACCCUUAAUGACUUACUGGAUCACGGGUUGUCAGUACGUGGCCAUAACGUGUUUUGGAGCGUUGAAGAAUUUGUUCCUGAUUGGGUACGAAGCAUCACGGAUCCAGUCGAGAUGGCGACAACGAUCAAAGAAAGAAUCAGUGAAGCUGUCACUCUUACUAAAGGAAGGCUGGCUCAUUGGGAUGUCAACAACGAGAACCUUCACAGCGACUUCUUUGAGAGGACGACCGGGAAUGUUGACAUCACCAUGGAUAUGUUCCGGGAGAUGCACUUGCAAGAACCAAACACAAAACUGUUCCUCAAUGAUUUUGCUGUCUUCAACAAGGGCACAUAUACAACGUCCCUUAAGAACCAAGCCAGGAGUUUUGUGGAUUCCCAGGUACCUAUACAUGGGGUUGGAGUUCAAAGCCAUUUCAAGUCUGCCGAUGUAGACAUGACUCGACUCAAGUACCGUCUGGACAAGGUGGCCGAGGCCGGUCCUCCGAUCUGGGUGACAGAGUUGUCGAUUAGGUCAACUAACAACGCAGCAAAGGCUCAAGCCAUGGAGGAAGCCAUGACAAUGUACUUUAGCCAUGAAAAGGUCGAAGGUAUCAUCGUAUGGGGGUUCUGGGGGCCUUCCAUCAAGUGGCCAGCUGAUACCUUGACGACCGAUGCAAUACCGAUUGUUUUGAACGAAGCCGGCCAGAAGUAUUUAGACCUUGUAAACACAACAUGGAGAACUAACUGGAGUGCAAAGUUGAAAAGCCAUAAGAAUAAGAGGCAUUUCAAAGGAGACUAUUGCAUCAGAAUCAAGAAGGACGGAGUUACACUCAAGACAAUUAACUUCUCCUUAUUAAAGGACCGGAACCUGAAAUUAAGAGUAAAAGGAACAACUGACUCUCCAAAGAUAAAAGUGAAACUUACCUGAACAUGCACCACUCCUCCGCCAGGUGUUCUUAGUGAUUAUUGUUUAUGUUUAUAUCAAAUAGUCUCCAAUAACAUGCUUGAAAAUAACAUUUCACGUUCCUAAGCUUUAAAUGAAAUCAACUAAAAGCCUUUACUAGAAGAGUAAAACAACGUGAAAAUUACAGGAAUAUUGUUCGCUAUCAUUGUUCUAAUAAACCCAUUCCGGUAACA